GCUGUCGACGGUGGAUGACAGCGGCUGAUGAGCUUUCGGAGAAUAAAGCACACGCCGCCGGUUGGAAAAUAGGCUGUGUUAGGGAUUUUGUGCAGCUAACUAUCCAGUUAGUUAAUGUUUUGCGCUGUUCAUUACUACUGCCGUUGUCUUUGAAGACGGAUAACGAAACAACUUCCUGGACAGCGGUGGUCGCAGACCGUUAGCUGUGAGGUUAGCUAAACCGGAGACGGGAUGUAAAUUAAUCCAGACGGGACCAGCCCCAGAAGCCGGGAGGGAGCAGCAGUCAGUCACACCCUUGUCUGGGGACAGUGGAGGAAAUCUCUGCGCUGAACAACAUGAAUUUGUUAUCCCUCACUAUUUAUGCUGUUUUGUAUACAUAUACGGUAGCCUUAGUGUGCUGAGUUUCAGCUUGUGAGCACCAGUUUGAGUUAACUGGGAAGUCUGGACUGGAUAUGACUGACUCAUCAUCAUGGCACGGACAGAGGAGAUAACCCCGACCAGUCUGUCUGCUGCAGUGACAACCAGACAGCCGCACAACUAGCCAGACAACUACGUUAUUAACAUAUUGUAUAGUUUUUUAUUAUUAUAUACUUCCCCUCGUGGCAGUAUGAGUGCCCCAAUGUACACCUUUGUUACCCGUGACGACAACAGCACUGUUUAUGCAGAAGUUUCCAAAAUCCUCCUCUCGACUGGACAAUGGAAGAGGCUGAAAAGAGACAAUCCCAGAUUCAACCUUAUGCUUGGUGAACGGAACAGAUUACCCUAUGGGCGUCUAGGCCAUGAACCAGGACUGGUGCAGCUGGUUAACUACUACAGAGGUGCAGACAAGCUUUGCAGAAAAGCAUCAUUGGUCAAGCUGAUAAAGACCAGCCCAGAGUUGUCUGACUCCAGUAACUGGUUUCCAGAAUCCUACAUCAUCUAUCCCACUAACCUCAACACGCCUGUUGCUCCAGCCACCAAUGGCAUCAGCCAUCUGAAGAGCAAUCCUAAGACAGACGAGCGUGAGGUUUUCCUGGCCUCCUAUCAUGCUAAAAAAGAAAGUGGAGAGGGUACAGUGUGGAUAGCCAAGUCCUCUGCUGGAGCUAAAGGUGCUGGUAUUUUGAUAUCCCAUGAUGCUAAUCAGCUGCUGGAGUAUAUUGACAAUCAGGGGCAGGUUCAUGUUAUUCAGAAGUACCUGGAGAAACCUCUGCUUCUGGAGCCAGGACAUCGGAAAUUUGACAUCAGGAGCUGGGUGCUAGUGGACCAUCACUAUAACAUCUAUUUAUACCGGGAGGGCGUGUUGCGGACCUCCUCGGAGCCCUACAACAGCGCUGACCUCCAGGACAUGACCAGCCACCUGACCAACCACUGCAUCCAGAAGGAGCACUCUCAGAACUACGGACGCUAUGAGGAGGGGAAUGAGAUGUUCUUCGAUGAGUUCAGGCUGUACCUGCUGAACACUCACAAUGUUACCCUGGAGGCCACCAUAUUACCUCAGAUCAAGCAGAUCAUAAAGAGCUGUCUGACAUGUAUUGAGCCUGCAAUCAGCACCAAGCACCUGUCCUAUCAGAGUUUCCAGCUCUUUGGAUUUGAUUUCAUGGUGGACGAGAGCUUCAAAGUGUGGCUCAUUGAGAUCAAUGGAGCUCCAGCCUGUGCACAAAAACUAUAUCCAGAGCUAUGUCAAGGGAUUGUGGAUGUGGCCAUUUCCAGUGUCUUCACUCUGAACAGUGGCAGUGACUCCUCCUCUGCUUCUUCCUCACCGUACUCAUCCUCCCCAUCAUCAAUGUUCACCACCAACUCCUGCUCUUCUCCCAAACUGAGAGCUCCACUUCAUGUGGGGCCUUUCACUCGACUGUGAGCCCCUCCCAAAUGUUUCCCUUGUUCCUUCUGUGCUAGAAGCUUCCUCCUUGUUCUGUCCUCACUCCUAAACUGCACCUGAGAAGUAGCACUUGCCAGCAAGGCGACCCUUCGUUGUAUCUCGGCUGAAAGGAGUCUUUCUCUUUGUGGAAUUCUCUGAACUGCAACAGUGAUCUCUCCUUUCCUGAUUAUGCAUAUUAUGAAUGUGAGAAUGAUGACGGAACUGUUCAAUAAAUGUUCUGGGAGUUUCUGAAUGAGGACAGACACCCGUCCAUCUCAGCUCCACCACCAGUUUCUCCCCAAGCAGAUGAAUGGAGGUGUGAAGGAUGCAGAGAUGCUCCAACUGAGACUGUAGUGCCUUACAUUUCCAACCACGCUCCCUUAAAAACACUGUCAGCUUGCUCUGUUAUAGUGACUCAUACUUGUUUUAAUAAGCCUUUGCACUGUUGCUCAAUUAAACCAACGUGUUCAAGGUCGGUCCACGAGAAACAACAUAAAACAGAUUCCUUGACGUUUGAGAUGUUGGUCAACUUGUGGAAUUCUGAGUGCUAUUUUUUCAUCAGACACUUUUUUUUUUAAAGUAUCUUAUAGCUUCCCAGCAGCUACUGCUACCCAUUAGUUUUAAUGAGAAAUGCUAACAUUGAUGAAGAAGCUACAGAGAUUGAUAUGUUUAAACCUAUUAAAAUAUAUUAUGACAUAUUGACUAGUAUACUAACUACAUGUGUCUGAUGAGCUAAACAUUAAAUAUAUCAAGUUUCGCCAUAAAAAAUACCAUUCCUCUUCACUUGAAUAUGUUGAUGCUAUAUAUUAUUUACAUUCAGGGCAGCUGGGUGGCAUAAGUGAGCAGUUGGACCAUCCCUCAGUAGGAAAACCCAGAUUUAAGUCAGCCCCCACAAGCUCUGCUCAAGUAUCCCUGACCUCUCAAUUACAUAGAGAAAAGGGAAAAGAGAACCCAAAAGUAUUUUGUUAUUCUGUUAUAAACAAGUUCUUUAUAGGAUAUUUCACCUUGUUUAAUUGUCAUUUGGAGAGAGCAUGUUAGUGCGACAGCAUGUAGCACACAUGGCAUCUUGCUGUAAAGACCUGCCGUAAUGUCUGUGUUUUACUUCUGAUGUGUGACAAACUAGAGCGUCGAUGUAAAGUGUUGUGUGGAUUCUGUUUUUGAAGUGUCAAAAUGAAAGUAGAUUGUACAGAGUGUCUUAUCGAUUAUUUAAAGCAUUUAAUGACCCUGUGAAAUUAAACUGACUUGACACAGUAAUGAAUUGUUGAUAAUAAUUAAACGAAUAAAAAAAAACAUACAACACUACUUCAUACUUCUUACACAGAUCUUGUAAAACAUGUCACUACCAAAGUACUGUCAGUUGCACCAAGGAAAUUUGAUUUGUAUCAGCGAUGCAUUAAGUGAUUUUGUUUAGUUUCAUGGGGUCCUUAAAUGUUUCACUUUUAUUUUAACUAAACCUCUUUGUUAGUAGACGAGAUUCUAGAGGUCAAACUGUCCAAGAUGACUUGUGUCAGAUCAAUUUUACAUCAAUGUUUAUUGUAUUGUUUAGUUUUUCUCUUUAGCUGGCUUCAAAUUCAUGACAGAUACAUGCUGGAGAGACAACUGUUGGGUUUCUAUGGGCUCAUUUGAACUUCAAACUAAGUCAUAAUGUGUGGUUUUAGUAGGUGUGUCUGUCAUGAUGUUAUGGUUUUCUGCUGUUUCCCUCUUUUAUCCUGUGUUCAAAUGUGCGAGGCUUUGCUUCCCGUGUUGCAAGAAACAGCAGUUUCGGGAUGGUGUAAUUUUUUCAAUCACUGUGUGUUUGUGUUUACAAGAUGACUCUGAAGAAUGAAGGAUAUGUAAGUGAUUGAAGGUCAGGAAGAUGGAUUAGUUACAUGGGGCUGUAGUAUUCCCAGUAACUGCCUGUUUGCAAGUAAAAUAAUGUCUUAAUAUUUGGAAAGGUAUUACUGAAAGUGGUAGAAGUGUCAGCACUCAUUUUGGAAAGUUAAAGAAAACUAUCAGUAUUAUUUUUAAGUUGAAUUUGUUGGGAAAUUUUCAUUAAAGGGAAGGGUGCCUUAGAGGGAAUUGCAUAUUGAUUAAAAAAAAAAAAAGCAAUGCACCUUCAUUUCUUUGUACUGAGGUGAAUUUGUAAGACCUCUGUCAAAUUCCAUGAUGUCAUUUUUCUCUCAUUUGGAAAUUCUUUGCACAUGUGACUAAUAUGAUCAUGUUUUCCUCAUGUUUUUUUUUUUUUUAUAUUUCUCUUUCUUCAUUUUUACCAAAGAUAAACUCCCUGCUGUAUUUUCAGUGUGUAGUUUUGUCAGUGCUAGAAUCCCACGUCGAUUAGCCAAUGUGCUCUAAAAUCAAGCAUCAUGCUCAGAGGGAUGUGUGCUAUGUUUUUGUUAGGUGAUGUUUUAUCAAAUAUCUUGCAUGGACAUUUGUCUUUCUGAGAAACAAUAUUAUUAGAAUUAAACUUACUACUUACCAUUAAACCUCUGUUCUACAUACA